UAUCUGUAUACUGAAAUGACUGGUUUACUAUAUUGUGUUCAAUGCAUGAGGUCUCAAACUGGAAAGAAGCCAUUUCCAUGUAAGGUUCAUUCAAAUUUUUCAUGGUUAAUGUCAAAUUUAAAUGUACACAUGAGUUCUCGCACGGGAGAAAAACCAUAUACAUGUGAGAUCUGCUCAAAAUCAUUUACUUUAAACCAGCAACUCAUUACUCACAUGAGGUCUCACACUGGAGAGAAGCCUUUUUCAUGUGAGGUUUGUCUAAAACCUUUCUCUACAAAUGGCAAUUUAAAAAUACACAUGAGGUCUCACACGGGAGAGAAACCAUUUUCAUGUGAUGUCUGCUUAAAAACGUUUACCUUAAAUCAGCAACUAAUUACUCACAAAAGGUCUCACACUGGAGAGAAGCCAUUUUCUUGUGAGGUCUGUCUAAAAUGUUUUUCUACAAAUGGCAAUUUGAAAGUUCAUAUGAGGUCUCACACAGGAGAAAAACCGUUUUCAUGUGAGGUCUGUCUAAAAUCAUUUACUCUUAACCAGCAACUAAUUACUCACAUGAAGUCGCACACGGGAGAGAAAUCAUUUUCGUGUGAGGUGUGUCUAAAAUCAUUUCCUGUUAAUGGUUCAUUAAUCAAACACAUGAGAGUCCAUGCAGAUAAGAAGCCGUUUUCUUGUGAUCCAUGUAAAAAAUGUUUUCCCCAAAAUGGUCAGCUUGUACCACAUACAAGAAUUCCAGAGGACCCAAGGAUGCUAGAGGAUAAUGCUAAUUGUAUGAUGUCGACUUACAAAAAGUCCUUUAAUUUAAACAGUAAUAUUUAUUAAAUGACUGUUCAAAACAAUAAAUUGUCUUAAAUAUAAGUUUUUAACAUUUAAUAAAAAUAACUUUUGAUGCUUAAA